UUUCUGCUUCUCCCUUGACCAGUCCUUUCUUGCUUCCUGCUUCUUGGUGGUUAUAAUUUUUCUCUACUGUCUUCCGACACCCGCCUCGCUUUCUCAUACACCUCUUCCCGCUUUUCAUCACCCGCCUCACCUGCCGGUCUGUCUAUAUAGAAGCACCGUCCCGUCGCCUUCAAACCUCCCCUUGACACCUCUCCCACUCCCCCCAACAUACACCUGAAAGGCAUCAGUCGCACCUCUGCACUUUCAAACCUAUUUUGUUACCUGGCGAAAGCGCUUCUCCCCUUCGUCCCCGCACCAGCUCAUAUUACCUUUCUCUCAUCUGUUGCAGUAAUUACCAGUUCAGAGGCUGAAUUCCCGCUACGCUCCUUGAACAGCAAGCAAGCACAAACCUAUUUAUUCCAUAGAGCCCGAUCAGUCUAUCCCUUCAGCGCAGUUAUGAGCAGCAGCGGCAUUCCCACAGAGCAGCUUGUGGCAGCUCCCUUCAACGUCUACAGUCCAGACGCAUGGCUGGGCGAAGCGUACAAGGCAUUUGGUGUUGACAAGUCACAAUGGCACUGGGUGAACGGCUCGACGCCGCUCUCGACCUGGAAGGAGGUCGGCAUCGGCAUGGUAGUUUACCUGACGACCAUCUUCGGUAUCCAGUUCCUGAUGCGCUCGCGCAAGGCAUUCAAGCUGCAGCGCGCAGCGCAGAUCCACAACCUGUUCUUGACUGCAGCGUCGUUCGUCCUCCUUGUGCUGUUUGUCGAGGAGCUGGCCCCCAUGCUGGCCAGCCACGGUCUGUUCUUUUCGGUGUGCGACGAGCAGGCAUGGACGCAGAAGCUCGAGGUCCUGUACUUCCUCAACUAUCUGACAAAGUGGCUCGAGUUCACUGACACUGUUUUCCUGGCGCUGAAGAAGAAGCCGCUGCAGUUCCUCCACGUCUACCACCACACGCUGACCAUGGUUCUGUGCUUCACGCAGCUCAACGGACAGACGUCGGUGUCGUGGGUUGUCAUCACGCUGAAUCUGGCUGUGCACGUUGUCAUGUAUUUCUACUACUUCCUUGCGUCGUGCGGCAUCCACCCGUGGUGGAAGAAGUAUGUUACGACCAUGCAGAUCGUCCAGUUCAUCAUUGAUCUUGGCUUUGUCUACUACUGCACGUACCAGCUCAUUGCCUCGCGCUACUACUCGAGCAUGCUGCCGUACCGUGGCACUUGCCAGGGAACUGAGGAGGCUGCGAUCUUUGGCUGCGCACUGCUGUCGUCGUACCUGCUUCUGUUCAUCCAGUUCUUCCAGCGCACAUACUCGAAGAAGCGGGCUGCCAGCAGG